AUGAUGGUGACCCUGAGUACGUGGUCCACUCUCUGUGUUUUGCUCUUCUCGUCUGCCCGGGGCUCGGCGUACGGAGGAACUCCAGCUCGGCGAUCUGAAGCCGCGCAGCCCACUGAAUCCCGAGAGCGGCCGUUGCUUCCACAUUUCGGUUCCUCCCAUGCCCUGAUUCAAAUUUCUCCUCACAUCCCUUCACAAGGUGGGCCUGAACCGUAUAAAUCAACAGAUUCUGCGCAGUCCUCUGAAUCGGAGGCUGCAGAGCGAGCCAUGCAUUCCGCUGCCAGCAAUGGCGGAGGGAAUGGACACGCGGCAAUACAUGGAAGAGAAGAAACUUCUUUGCAGAGGAAGGAUAGAACAGAAAGCGGAACUGAGGCGACGCUUUUAUCGCGACACGGCUCUCAAAGGCUCCUGAAAUUUGCACGACGAGUGCGAGACCUCGCUGGGGAGCUGAUAAUUCCGAUUCCAGGCGCGCACUUUACGCGAAAGUUGAGUCAAAGAAAAACCUCCUCGUCACCUCGUCGCCCAGAGGCAACCUUGGAGGGGCGAGAGUCGCCGUUCGGCCACUUGAGCCCCCCUCUUUUAAACGCGAUGACCAAUGAACCCCUGUCCCAACAGCAAGGAGCGCCUUCUCCAGAUGCGGGUUGGAGGAUCACCGAGCCACUGCGAGACUUGGUUGCUCGCCUCGCAUCUUCGCUUCCUCUGGGGCACAAGGCUCGAUUCUCUGUGCCAGCUUCGAGGCAUCUUUCGACGAAGGCGGAUGCUUCGCUUGAGGAGUCCGCAGGUGACAGUCGCGGGCCUGCCAAUAGUUCCUGGUCGAGACCCCCAAACAGCAAAGCACUCGGGGUUGAGCAUGCGUCGCCAGGUCGUCACACCGACAGGCAGAGUCAGAAACGACCUGCAUCGGGGCGAGAACGUGGACGGUGGGUACCCACUCCUUCCAGCAUCCGCUCGUCUUCAGGCCGAUUCACACCUACAAAGCGACGAUCGACCCGAACCUACAAACGCAUGCCGUCGGCAGCUACCAGAGGGCUAGAUGGGAAAAACAGCAGAGGCUGUUUACGCGCCACGUCGCCGUCUGUGCCACCAUCGUCCAUCGGCUCUACGAUGUCACUUCGGUUGCCUCGUGAAUCUGUCCACGACGUAUUUUCUCCCUUAUAUUUCAUAUCCCCUCCGAGCACGCCGGACGCCUUGCAGCCGCCUGCAGACGGCGCCCCCCCUCCGCGGGCACCGGUGCCGGCGCCGCCGAGGGUUGAAUGGGGAAGGGAGAUUGAAGGACCGAGUUUUUUUAUCCCAGAAGCUUCCAACUGGCCUGGGGAAGAGCAAGUCGGCGCGGCCGCUACUGCUGCUGCACACAACAGCGAAGGAGUCCGUCUGCAACGAGCUGCCAUCCAGACUCUGGCUGUACCCGCGAAACCAGAGCUCGCCAAUGCACUGCGUGCACAGGUACGUGCGUGGAGAGAAAGCGGGGUAGCGAAGCGGUGCACGCACCAACGUAGGCAUCCCGUCGAGACAGCAAUCCAGCUAGUAUUUCCAGAGGGCAUGGCCCUAAAGGCAGUCGACAGCCAGGGACAGUCGGUCGGACUUGUGAGCGGCGGAUAUGUUUGCCAUGGGUCGUUUGGAGUUAUUAUCAAGGUCGUUACCGAAUCAGCAGAGGCGUUUGCGGCGAAGAUUCCUUAUGGCAUGGUUCACGACGAGGAUAGCAAAACCCCGCAGGAGAAAGAGGCAGCAAUCCAAGCAGAGAAGAAGAAGAUAUGGGGGAUAGUCGACGAGGAGAUAACGACUCGAGAGAGGCUGCUAGCUACGGGAUACUCCGUGGCACAACUUCGGCGCUAUUUUAGGUUGGUCGUUACAGUCGCAGUGCUGACGGUCAACCAGGCAGUAAGCCUUGAGGUUCAUGCCGACAAGGCAACUGUUUUGCUUUCCAGCGUUUUGCUGAUUCAGCCCUUGCUAGGUCCGUCGAUGAGAGACUUGUUGCCAGCGGCUGCAGACCACAGAGUGCAGUUGGCUGCCGCAAGAGGGAUGGUGUUGGCUGUGGCUGGCGCUCAUAGGCUCGGUUUCACGCACGGAGACGUUCGCCUCAGUAAUUUUGUCCUUGAUGACAAGGGCGAAGUACUCUUGGUCGACCUCAGUACAGCCAAGCCCUUGAGAAGCUGUCUCGAUCCGGGAGAAAAAAUCUACGUAGCUCAUUGCUCGCCGGAGGCCGCUCAGGCCAUUUUGAACUUUUCGUCGUUUGAUGCCGUCCUUCGUGGAAGCUUUGAUGUAUGGCAGUUAGGCGCUUCGCUGUUCGAAUUUGCAUGCGAAAAGAGCCUUCCCUACACGAUGUCGGGAUUGCACUUUCCGACUUUGGAGAAGCGCCUGCUAUCCCUUGCCGCGGUGCAGCAUACGGAGUUUUCUGUGUGGUACUGUCCUUACUUUGAUCAAACGGUCAUGGGCAUUGCUUUCAUGUUUCUAAAUCCGAAGCCUGAGAUGCGACCUGUGCUUUCACAGUUCGUGGCACACCCAUUUUUUUCUGAGUGGCUCCCAGUCGAAGAGCACUGA